AUGGCUCGCGGCGAAAUAGUAGGAGAUGCUCCCAGCUUCAAUCAUCCUCAGAGAAAUGGCAUGAGUAUGAUUGUCGUUGUAGGUAUCACUGGCGCUGGGAAAAGCUACCUCAUCAAUCGACUUGCGGGUCGCAAUGUGGUAGAGGAGGGCGGCCAACUGGGCUCUUGCACGCAGCGAUGCCAGAUGAUUCCCGUCAAAAUCGGAAACACCAAGACUCUCUUGAUCGACACGCCUGGCUUUGACGACACCAAGCGGUCUGACGCCGACAUCUUGAACGAGAUUGCAGAUGUCUUGACUGCCCAAUACGCGCUUGGCUUCAAGCUCCAGGGAGUAUUCUAUGUUCAUAGAAUCACAGACAUGCGAUUCCAAGGCUGCAAUGUCAAGACUUUGGAGAUCUUCAAGCGAAUCUGUGGCGACGAAGCUCUCAAAAACGUCCUCCUGAUUACGAGUCGAUGGGAUAAGGUCGACGAAGCAACGGGCGCCGACCGCGAACGUCAACUUCGUGAAGAUUUCUGGGCCUACAUGCUGGGUCAUGGCUCAUGCAUGAGCCGAUUUCACGGUGACCGCACGUCAGCGAUCAGUCUAGCCAGUCAGCUUUUGGUCAAGGAGACUGUGGUUCUACGCCUUCAGCACGAAAUCAUUAACGAAGGCAAGACGCUCAACAUGACAGCAGCAGGUGCUUUCGUGGACAACUCUCUCGAGAACGCUCAUAAGGAUUCUUUGAAGCAGAGGGAAAGUCUUCAAAAGCACCGUGAGGAGCUCCAACAGAGCAAUCUCAUGCGACGGAAGUGGGAGGCUGAUUGGGCACAACAACAGGCGGAGAUCCAGAGCGUGGAGAAACAGCAGUCCAGUCUCCGCCGCAACGUGGUCGACGAAGCGUUCCUGCCCACUGGCAAGGGCGAGCUCAAUGAGACAGGCACCGCAGGUCUGAACCGUCGAGCCCCUGGACUGGUUCAACACCACGGCAACAAGCCAAUCUACAAGAGUUUUGGUUUUGUAAAGGUUGCCAAGAAACGAUUUGUCGGUGCCACUUCUCGUCAGUCACCGCGGCCUCUAGACUCGGAGGUUCGUCGGUCCAGGCCUGACGAUCAAGACGCGAGUACUGCUCCUGUUCUGAGCGUCUCCCUUCCACAGGUGCCACUCUCGCUCCCAAAUCAGAUUCCACGUAAGGAUGUCGGUAGCAGUCGUCAGCAGGUAGAAGACGACGUCGAAGCCCUCGAAGACCGCAUUUACGCCCUCGAACAGAAUUGCGCUCAGUUGCAGCGGCAGAACGACGCGAUGCAGGCGGCACGCGACGCCCGAGAGGAUCUGAUGGGUCGACAAGAACCAGACUCAUCUAUUUCGGCGCAGUUCAGCGACAUCAUGUUGCAGAUCAAAUCCUGGGUCAGCAAGUACUGCAAAGAUGCCAAGCGACCGUUCGAGGUUGAGAAGCUCGACCCUCAGCUGCUGCCACAAAUCCGAAAGGUCAUCCCUCGGCUACGGCGGCUGGAGGAUCUUCCAGAGAUCUUGCCUCCGGGUGCCGGUGGUCUCAAGAGUCGGCGCAAGUUCAUCCGCGGAUGGGUUGCGCUCGUCGUAACGGAAAACUUAUUUCGGUCUUUGCCGGCACCUACUCAUGGCACGGAGUCCGGAUCAGAUGUGUGGAUACCAGAGAAGCCCAGAAACGCUUUGAAGAGUCUGGAAAUGACGCUUCUGAACUCCGGCGAAGCGAUCACGGCAUCCACGUUCCACGAAUGGAGAACUUUGACUUUCUCCAUGUUUGGCAACUUAUACCCACGGAGUCACUGGUCCAGAAGUCACGAGCUUGGUGACAUCUUGGAAGAAACAUGUAGAAAAGUCAUCCAGGUGGUGUGGCCUCUAAUAUCUGACGGGACCGACGAAAACGACAUGAUGCUCCGACUGGAGGACAACGUCUUUUUUCCAGCCAUUGGUUUAUCUCAGGUACUACGUCGGCAACGGGCCUGCUGCGAGUAUACAAAGCCGUACCUCUUUCAGCCCGGCCAGAUGAAGGAUGUUGAUAGUCUUGUAGAGGAGGAAGAUGACGGUUCUGUGCCAGAACACUGUCUCAAGGUAGUCGAUACUGUCAUCACACCUGGUCUGUACAAGAGCGGAAAUCAUGAUGGGGAACAGUACGAUGUGGUGUAUCCUGUGGAAUUUGCAGAAGUGACCUGCAAUGAGAGCCGAGACUAG